AUGUCACUGCCAAGAUCAUCGCGAAGACGUUCUUCCGUUGUGGAUGAUGAAAACAUUACAAAGUUACUGCUGGCAGCAAAAACUCAAAACAUAAUUUCUAAACGUCGUGGAUCGGCUGUUUCUAUAGAUUCUAUUCCAUCUAAUUCUGUGGUCAUGAUUGAUGCUACUAUCACUACGCUACCUUCGAAUUCUUCUGAUUCUUCAAAAAUGUUUUAUACACCUCCCAGCCAAUUUUCGGUCAAUAAAGACGAUACGUUUUCCAAGGUUGUUGAAUUCAAUGAAAAAGAUCGUUCGUCUAGUCGAACUUUAUCACAGCACCUUCAACAACAACAACAAUUUCUACAUGUGAGAUCUUUAUCUCAACCAAUUCCUUCGUUCUCACAACAGCGGCCCUUAGUUCAAUCGGCCAAUUAUGAUAACCAUAAUCAAUAUAAAAUACGAACUGAAUUAUCUUCAAAAAAGUUAUAUCGUUUUUUCGGUGAUAAACCUCCUAUCGAUAUCUGUGUUAAAGAAAUCGAGAGAGAGGGACUGAAAGCCAUGUUACAUUCCAAGAUCCCUUUAUGUUAUUUUUUGUAUUCGUUGCUCGAAGAAUUUUCUUGUGAAAAUUUGUUUUUCUUUCUCGAAGUAGAACAAUUCGAAUCAUUUGAAUACUCCAAUUUAGCUCAGCAAUAUACGAUAGCUCAACACAUAUUUGAUACUUAUUUAACGAGAAACUCUCAAUUCGAAAUAAAUAUUGACGACAAAGUUAGAAAAAGUGUUAUAUCAUUUAUUAAAAGCCAACGUGAUCUAAGACAUUGCUUUGAUGACGCCAAGAGGGCCGUUUACGUACUAUUGGAAUCUAGUUUUGCUAGAUUUAUUAGAAGUAGUACGGCUGAUCUCAUGAAAAAAGAAAUAGGUGAAAAAACUACUCAUUAUUCUAUAAAAUCACGAGAUUCCGCAAUAUCUUUGCUUCUCACUUUCUUCGAUCGUCAACAACAUCCUUCAUCACAGCCAUCGUUAGUUGCUCCAUAUUCUCAUUCGAAAAAUAAACCAUUCGUUCAUUACAAUCCUCCCUCUAACUCUCACGUGACACCUCCUUCUUCAAAUAGCGCUUCACCGAUACCAUCACCAACAUCAAUGGCCUCUCGUAGACGUAUUGAAUUAAUCAGAUCAAUGAUUUAUGAAUUCAUUAGAACUUUAUUAGAGGUUGAAAUUGAAAACUUUCUUCAUGACCCAUCAAAUUAUGAUCUUAAUUCGUUGUCGGGCAGUGAUCAUGAUACGCGUGGUACCAAUGGGGAUGAACCAUUAGAACAGUUACCGGUUAUUAGGCAUCGUAAAAGUGGUAAAGAACCAUUAAGAAAUCCGUUUAGUAGACGUCGUUGGUAG